AUGGUAAAAAAGGAUUUAGGUAAGUGGAGGAUGUGUGUAGACUUCACCGAUCUGAAUAAGAUAGGAAUGAGCGAAGAGGACCAAGAAAAAAUGACUUUCUUCACGGAUCAGGGGGUCUACUGUUAUACGACUAUACCUUUCGGGCUUAAAAACGGUGGAGCCACCUACCAGUGGCUGAUCAACCGAGUCUUUAAAGCUCAGAUAGGUCGCAAUGUCGAAGCAUAUGUCGACGACAUCUUACUAAAAAGCAAGGAGACUUCGGCAUUUUUGUCUGACUCAGCGGCCAAGGCAUUGCCCCUUUUCAAGGUACUCAAGAAAGCUGACAAGUUCACCUGGACUAUGGAAUGCCAGCAGGCUUUCGAAGAGUUGAAAGAAUAUCUUCAUCACCUUCCCACACUUACGUCAUCUCGACCUGAGGAGACCUUAUACCUUUACCUUUUGGCCGCGGACGAGGCUGUCAGCGCCGUGCUAAUGCGGGACGAUGGGGUUCAAGUACCCAUUUAUUACAUCAGUCGAGUUCUCUGUGGCCCUGAGACCCGGUACACCCGAGCAGAAAAGCUCGUGUUGGGGUUAGUCCACGUGGCCCGCAGACUAAAGCCUUACUUCCUAGCCCACCCUGCCCAAGAUUUGACAGACUUCUUGGCCGAGCUCACCUUUCUUGGGAGCCGAGACCCCCCUUUGACCGAAGCUGGACCCCAACGAUGGACCUUAUAUGUGGAUGGAUCUUCCAAUAGCGGGGGUAGCGGAGCUGGUUUGCUCCUCGAAGACCCUCAUGGAAAGACAUGCUCCUACGUACUCCGAUUCGAUUUCGCCGCGUCAAACAAUGAAGCUGAGUACAAGUCCCUCAUCGCGGGCUUGCAAUUGGCCCGGAGGCUUGGUGCCUACCAAAUCUCAGUUUAUAGUGACUCCCAACUCGUAGUAUACCAGGUGCAGGGAGAGUACGAGGCUAGAGCGGAAAACAUGCAGCAGUACCUCUUUAAAGUUCACCAGUUAGUAGCGUACUUCGAGUCAUUUGACAUCCAAAGGAUACUCCGGUCAAAGAAUAGGCGAGCUGAUGCCUUGUCAAAAUUCGCCUCCACUGCAUUUGCCACGCUCAAUAAAACGGUUCACGUGGAGGUUCUAUUUGAGUUGGGGUACCUCGAGGAGAAGGUUUACCCAGUGACUGUAGAAGAUACUUGGAUGAGUCUCCUUAUCAACUUUUUUGGACAAGGAGUUCUCCCAGAUGACAAGGCCGAAGCGAGGAAAAUUCAGGGCAAAGCGGCUAGAUACGCGCUUCAAGGUGGUAACCUGUAUAAACGUUCUUACCUUGGCCCGUGGCUGUGCUGCGUCACAGCCGAGGAGGGUGGAAACAUCCUCCGAGAUAUACAUGAAGGACUGUGCGAGGUACACGUCGGACAUCGGAUGUUGGUUAAGAAGGCCCUAUUACUUAGCUAUUUUUGGCCAACCAUUCGACAAGAUGCCCAGAUAUUGGUCCUGAGUUGCCCCUCCUGCCAGCACCAUACGCCCGAACACCACCAGCCGACCAACUUCAUGGUCCCCAUCACAUCUCCGUGGCCGUUCGAGCAAUGGGGGACAGAUAUCAUUGGCCCUUUCCCGAGGGCCACAGGUGGCUAUGCCUAUAUCAUGGUAGCGAUAGACUAUUUUACGAAGUGGGUUGAAACCGAAGCUUUAAAAAGCAUCACUGACCAAGCUAUCCAGAAGUUCUUCUGGAAGCACAUAGUUUGCCGCUUCGGGUUAUCUCAGAUCAUCAUCUUUGAUAAUGGGAAGCAAUUUGUAGACAACCCCUUCAAAGCGUGGUGCGGGGAACUUGGAAUCAAACAGCAUUUCACUUCGGUUGAACAUCCUCAAACCAACGGACAGGCAGAGAAUUUCAACUGA